CGUCCCCCUUCCCCGGUCACCACACAUACCGUCCCGAUCGAUCACAAUGACGACGGUAGUAGCAGCAGAGCAGCUCGCCCAGCGCAUCGCCGAAGGCAUCCAGAGGCGUCCCGGUCUCCGCAGCCUCUUUCGUCCCCUGACCAACUGGUACGGCGGCGCUACCGGCCACCGCCAGCUCGGCUUGAGGUUCGAUGACCUGCUCGAGGAAGAGCGUGAAGACGUCGCCAAGGCUCUGACGCGCCUUCCGGCCAAGGAGGCUUACGACCGUAUCUACCGCAUCCGCCGCGCCGUGCAGUGCAGCUACCAACAGAAGCUUCUCCCCCGAGACCAAUGGACCAAGCCCGAGGAGGAUGUCCCUUAUCUUUCUCCCCUCGUUGAGCAGAUACAGGCUGAGAUGGCCGAGGCUAAGGCCCUGGACACUCUGGAGGUUGUUAAGAAGCACUAGAUCAAGGCGUCAGCCACUCUAGUUGCUCUGUAAACUAGCAAGAAGACCACAGGAUACGAGGGGGGUGGGGGGUGGGGAACGGGCGGGCUUAGGAUGGGAAGGAGGCCUCGUUCCAGCCAUAUGAUUCCCGCGAGGCGAAGUGACCAUAGAUGAGCGAGUUGGGCGGUUUGUGUAAGCUACCUUCCCAUGUAUAGACUCCGGGGUUUUCUCUUUCAAUUACGUUCACUCCA